CUCAAUGUCAUUUGGAUGGUCAUUCCUCUCUCCAAUGCUAACCAACCUGAGCAGGUCAUUCUGUAUCAGGGUGGACAGAUGUUUGAUGGUGCCCCCCGGUUCCAUGGUAGGGUAGGAUUUACAGGCACCAUGCCAGCCACCAACGUCUCUAUCUUCAUUAAUAGCACUCAACUAUCAGAUACAGGCACCUACCAGUGUUUGGUCAAUAACCUUCCAGACAGAGGGGGCAGAAACAUUGGGGUCACCGGUCUCACAGUUUUAGUUCCCCCUUCUGCCCCACACUGCCAAAUCCAAGGAUCCCAGGAUAUCGGCAGCGAUGUCAUCCUGCUCUGCAGCUCGGAGGAAGGCAUCCCUCGGCCAACUUACCUUUGGGAGAAGUUAGACAAUACCCUCAAACUACCUCCAACAGCCACUCAGGACCAGGUCCAGGGGACAGUCACCAUCCGGAACAUCAGUGCUCUGUCUUCAGGCCUGUACCAAUGCGUGGCUUCGAAUGCCAUCGGAACCAGCACCUGUCUGUUGGAUCUCCAGGUUAUUUCACGGGCAUUCUUUUACUGGAGAAGCAAACAUAAAGAGGAGGAAGAAGAAGAAAUUCCUAAUGAAAUAAGAGAGGAUGAUCUUCCACCUAAAUGUUCUUCUUCUGCCAAAGCACUUCACACCGAGAUAUCCUCUUCAGAGAACAACACAUUGACCUCUUCCAAUACCUACAACAGUCGAUACUGGAGCAACAAUCCAAAAGUUCCCAGGAACACGGAGUCCUUCAACCACUUCAGUGACUUGCGCCAGUCUUUCUCUCUCCACUCAGGCAAUGCCAACAUCCCAUCCAUCUAUGCUAAUGGGACCCACGUGGUCCCAGCUCCGCAUAAGACUCUAGUAGUGACAGCCAACAGAGGGUCAUCCCCGCAGGUGGUGUCCAGGAGCAAUGGCUCAGUCAGCAGGAAGCCUCGGCCUCAGCACACACACUCGUACACCGUCAGCCAAGCAACACUCGAGCGAAUUGGUGCUGUCCCUGUCAUGGUACCAGCCCAGAGUCGGGCUGGGUCCCUGGUAUAG